AUUUUUUUAUAUAAUUAAAAAAAGAAAUCAAUGGCUACAACAAAGGUAAAAAAGUAAAAGAAAGUUGAGGAGGUAGAAUAGGUUUAAGAUGAGGAAGUGAUAAAAUCUAGUCAUUAGGGAGCUAAAUUAGAUACUUAAAAUUGGCCUUUGUUAUUAAAGAAUUAUGAAAAGAUGAACAUAUUGACCUCACAUUAUACACCAAUUCCAAGUGGAUCAGUAAGGAUAGAAAAUAUAUAAAUUAGACUCCAUUAAAGAGAGCUUUAGUAGAGCAUUUGAAGUAUGGAGUGAUAAAUUUGGAUAAGCCAUCAAAUCCAUCAUCUCAUGAAGUUGUAUCAUGGAUUAAGAGAAUAUUGAAAGUUGAAAAAACAGGUCAUUCAGGGACAUUAGAUCCAAAAGUAACAGGAGCAUUGAUAGUAUGUCUAAAUAGAGCAACAAGACUGGUAAAGGCAUAAUAAUCAGCUGGUAAGGAGUACGUAGGAAUAAUAAGGUAAAUAUUUAAAUUAUCAUAAUAGAUUACAUGAUGCAAUAUCAUCAGCAGCUAAAUUAGAAAAGGCUAUAUAAGAUUUAACAGGUGCUGUAUUUUAGAAACCACCUGCAAUAUCAGCAGUGAAAAGAGAAUUGAGAGUAAGAACAAUAUAUGAGAGUAAAUUGUUUGAAUAUGAUCCUGAAAAAAGAUUAGGAAUAUUUUGGAUGAGUUGUGAAGCAGGUACAUAUGUAAGAACACUAUGUGUACAUUUGGGUUUAUUAUUGGGAGUAGGAGGUCAUAUGGAAGAAUUAAGAAGAGUUAGAUCAGGUAUUUUAGAUGAAAAUAAAUAUAUGGUAAGUAUGCAUGAUGUUUUGGAUGCAUAAUAUAGAUAUGAUAAAUUUAAAGAUGAAUCAUAUUUAAGACAUGUUGUUAUUCCUUUAGAAGUUUUAUUAACAAAUUUUAAAAGAGUUGUAGUAAAAGAUUCAACUGUUAAUGCUAUUUGUUAUGGAGCAAAGUUAAUGGUACCAGGUGUCUUAAGAUUUGAUGAUAAAAUUGAUAUUGGAGAUGAAAUUGUUUUAAUUACAACUAAAGGAGAAGCAAUAGCUGUUGCAAUAGCGUAUAUUAUUAUAUAUUAUUAUCAUUAUAGUUAAAUGACUACUGCUGAAAUAGCAUCAUGUGAUCAUGGAGUUGUUUGUAAAUCUAAAAGAGUUAUCAUGGAUAGAGAAACAUAUCCCAGAAAGUAUUCUAAUUAUUUUAUUAUUUUAGAUGGGGUACUGGACCUAGAGCACUUAGAAAGAAAGCUCUUAUUAAAGAAGGAUUACUUGAUUCACAUGGUAAACCUAAUGCCAAUACUCCUUAAGAUUGGUAGUAAUUCUAUGUUUCAGAAGUUAAUAAUAAUAUCCUUAAAGAAUAACCAUAACCUGAAAUUUAAUAAGCAGAAGAAGAAUAAGUACCUGAAGUUGUUGAAAAACCUAAAAAAAAGAAAAAGUAAGUGGUUCAAGAAGAGGAAGAAUGAUUUAUUAUGUUUAACAAUAUAUCAAUACAUCAUAUUUAAUGAAG